CCCAUAUUAGUGUUUGACAGCAGCCCGAAGGUUGGAAAGACGCGCUAGUCCCGGAAAGGGAGAAGCUUUUAUCCCGACAGCGACCUUUACCGCUGGGGCGCCUGUUGACAUUCAUUCACCUGCGUUCAGACAGCCCAGCGACGAUUUCUUUGUUCCAUUGAUUGUCCCAGCCGCCCCUUCGCAUCGCCACCCCCCCCUAAUCCAUCUCCCAGCGGCUAUAUUUUUCUUUUUAUUGUUCUCUCUUUGCUGUGGCCAGUUUGAUUUCUAUUAUUUCUUUAGUCGAUAAACUUGGUUGGUGGGUGUCUGGCUGCGCUGUUCGCUGUUGGUUUCGAUCAUUUCCUGUUCACCAGCCUCGCUACUCAUCCAUCCAUCGUGCGUUUCUGCCCUCGCCGCCAUGUCAAGCGACCAAAUCUACGGCGUCACACCGCCAAUGUCGACGCAGCUUCCGACCGAGCAUGAGAAGCAAAUGAGCGAAACUCUCAUCGCAGAGCUUCGUCGACAGAAGACCUUCGAGAGCCCCGACGCCACGCAGAAGAGAUACGAGGUUCUUGAAUCCCUACAGAAAAUCUGCGACGAGUUUGUCAAAAAGGUUGCACGUGUCAAGGAACCCAAGAGCGAGAUCCUGAUCAAGAAUGCCCGCGGCAAAGUCUUCACCUACGGCAGUUUCCGACUGGGCGUAUUUGGCCCUGGCUCCGAUAUCGAUACUCUUGUUGUCGCACCGAAGUACGUUACCCGAGAAGACUACUUCAAAUACUUUCCCGACCUCCUGACGGAGAUGGCUCCCGAGGGCGCCAUUGAUGAUUUGACGGUCGUUACGGACGCCUUUGUGCCCAUUAUUAUGUUCGAGUAUCACGGAAUCAGCAUCGAUCUUAUCUUCUCGAGAAUCAUACAAAAGCAGCUUGCCCCUAAUUUCGACUUGAAAGAUUCUGGACUACUGCGAGGCCUGGACGAAGCAGAGCUUCGCUCCUUGAACGGUACCAGAGUCACAGAUGAAAUCUUGGCUCUAGUCCCUGAGCAAAGCACCUUCAGACUUGCUCUGCGCGCUAUCAAGCUUUGGGCGCAACGCAGGGCUGUAUACGGAAACAUUAUGGGUUUCCCGGGUGGUGUUGCUUGGGCAAUGCUUGUUGCGCGUGUCUGCCAGUUAUACCCGAAGGCUGCCCCCGCCGUCAUUGUCAACAAAUUUUUCCUCAUCAUGAGCCAAUGGAGAUGGCCUCAACCUGUGCUUUUGAAGCCAAUCGAGAGCGGACCGCUACCUGUUCGAGUCUGGAACCCAAAGGUCUACAAGGGCGACUCCUUCCAUCUCAUGCCGAUCAUCACACCGGCAUAUCCAUCCAUGUGCGCAACCUUCAACAUAACCAAAUCAUCAAUGAGCAUUAUUCAACGCGAACUUCAGCGUGGAUUGGAAAUUACUGAGAAAAUUAUGAUGGACAAGCAACCUUGGACCGAUCUUUUUGUGAAGCACACCUUCUUUACACAAGGGUACAAGUACUAUAUCUCAGUCAUAUCUUGCAGCAAAGGCAACGAAGCAAACAAGGUUUGGUCUGGCUACAUCGAGUCCAAGGUCAGAAUGUUGGUACAGAAGCUAGAGCAACACCAAAACAUCCAACUGGCUCAUGCAUUUAUGAAGGGAUUUGCGCGAAAACAUCGCUGCAAAACCGACCAAGAAAUUGAACAGGUUCAAGAGGGCAGCUUAGACUAUGUGAUUAAAGAGGACAAAAAAGACGGUGCAAAAGAUGAGAAAACCACCGAGGCCGAUGCUGGCGACAAGGAGAAGAGCGAUGUCGAAGCUGCUCCUGAAGAAAUUUUCACCAACACACAUUACAUCGGUCUUGAGCUCACACCUGGAGCGAAGGCUCUCGAUUUGUCUUUCCAAGUGGACGAGUUCAAGGAGCUGUGUACACAAUGGCAAAAGUACAAGGACGAGCUGUCCAGCUUGGUUUCCAUCAACGUACAACACGUUCGCAACUUCAAUCUACCGGAUGAUGUUUUCGAUGAGGGUGAAACCAAACCGCAACGCAAAUCUAGCGGCAAGAAGCGUGGCCCAUCUGAUGACAACCAACCCCCGGCCAAGAGACAGCAGGCCUCUGUUGCUGCCGCUGGUUGAAGCCAUCAUGGUAUGUAUAACAUAUUCAACACUACUAGUGUCUGAAGCAGCGUAGCCAGAGUAAAAUCCGGCAUAUCCCGCUUGCGCCAACGACGCCCCCCUAAGAAGCGACAUAUAUACUCGUGGAGGGGAUAAACAAGCCCAAAAGACCCUUAUUCCACGAUUCCACGAUGGAUAUAGCUCAUGCACAGCAUGCACAGCGGCCUACUUUUUCUGCCAUAGCAGAACUGGCGGUCUUCUUUGGAUAGAUGAGACUCGUUGAGCGAAAAAGCCAAAUGGCGCUGAAGAGACAUCUUAUGAUCUCUUCUGGUAAUGUAGCCAACAAAAAAAAACUGCUGAUUUAGAAACAUGUCAGGUACGACGGCAAGCACUGGACACCGCCCCCCGCGACACCGAUCUUCAAAGCCGACAUAGAGAAGUCGGGUUCUUUCUACGAUUUGAAUCUCUACCCAUUCUCUUGUAGCGUUCCAUAAGUAGAUAGUCGCUAAUAUAUUAUAUACUUUUUUUUUGUUAUAUUAGCCUUGCUUGCAUUUUUAUUAUAUAUCGUCAUCUCCCUCGUCUGAACCACUAUCCCAGUCAUCUUGGUACGCCUCGGAUAUCUCUGCAAUGGAGUUGACAAGAUCUUCUUUGUCAUCUAGGCCAAUACCCCAAGCUAAUUGCGUUCUGAGGUUCUUCAUAUGCUUUGAAAUGGAUUGAUCAGUAUAUAGUGAUGACCGAGCGGGUAUCUUAGCUUUGCCAUCGUAAUCAGUGUAAAUGGUUGGGAAGGAGUCCAUCAGCGGGAACUCUAAGACUGUAUGGUAACUGUGGAGUGUUAG